UAGCGGAGGAGGAGAAAAGAAAAAGAGAGAGAGAGAGAGAAAGAGAGAGAGAGAGACUGGAGAUAAACACCAUGCUGCCCUGCACUAACUUUAAUUUCACACGCAGAAAAUUUCACGUUAGCAGAUAAUUUAGUUUUUUUGUUUUAUACUUUUGUGUGUCGGUUGGAUCUUAUUUGGGAUAUUUCGGACGUUUCCUCCAUUUUUUUUUUUUUAAUUCUUCAUUUUGAGUUUCCUCCUUCUUCUACCUAAGGACAGUUGAAGAUGCUGCAAUCAAACAUGUUGCAAAGCUUCGCUCAGUCGCAGGACUGGCUUUACUCGGACCCGCUGCUGUUUGACGAUGAGUUCUGCCAGAGUUUGAUGAAGGACCUCCAGUCGCUGCCGACACCGCCACAGUCCCCCUCUAUGAAGGCCGGGGCCGAUGGCAGCAAGCCCCUGUCUAAGGAGGACCAGCUGAGCUACGUGUCGGACAUCCUGCUGGAGGAUCAUGACAUGCAACUCAACUGGAACUACGACUUCUUUCACCAUGAUGCUGCUGAGAAGGAUGGCGAGCCCAGUGAGCCCUGCUCCCCCCUGGAGGAGAGCGGCGAGGACCUGUGGCGGUGCCUGGUACCAGACAAGGGCCUGGAGGAGAAGCUGGUCUCCUCCAUACUCGGCUCCAGCCCGCUGCUGUCUGACAUCAACACCAGCAUAUUUGAGGAGAUUGCCGGCUCCACGCUGGACUGCCAGAACCUGAUGGACACUCAGGAGACCAGCGAGGCCACAUCGGACAACGGCUCAACCGGUUGCGAGCUGUCCACCUAUUCAUCCAGCGACUCUGAGGAGGAAAUUGACGUGGUGACGGUGGUACGCUGUUCCCCCAGGCCCUCCCCUCUCCCCUCAUUGGCUGACCUGUCUGUCCGUCAGCAGAAGGAAGAGGAGCAGCGAGCUCUCAAGCGCCACCACUUUGAGAUCCAGCUGCAACACAACUACGCCGCACCCCGUCCCGCCUCCCCGCCACCGCCAUCAUCCUCUUCCAACAAGCGCUCGAGAGGCAGCGAGAGUUCAUCGCGCUACCACCACUCUUCGCGCAGCUCUUCCUCCUCGUCGUCCUCUUCGUCACGGUACCAUCACCACACGUCCCGGAACUCAGCAGAGACGGAGGAUGAGGAGGAGCGGCGGCGGACGCACAACGUGAUGGAGCGGCAGCGGCGCAACGAGCUGAAGAACUGCUUCAUGCGCCUGCGCGACAACGUGCCAGAGCUGUCGCACAAUGACAAGGCGUCCAAGGUGGUGAUCCUGAAGAAGGCGCGAGAUUGCAUCUACGGCCUGGAGGAUGAAGGCCACAGACUGCAAUCCAAGAAGGACAAACUUCGAGCCAAACAGGAAGAGCUGAAAGCCAAGGUGAAACAGCUCACAACAGGGGCGGAUGAUGGGCUACAUUUGUAGACGCUUAGAGACAAUUCGGGUUGGGGGGCGAGGGUGGAUAAGGGAAGAGACUUUGUACAAAGACAGAGAGACGGGCAGGAUAUGCUGAAAAGAGCGCACAAAGUUUGACAUUUCAAGGACUUUAUGGUAACAAUAUCUCUGGACUGUAAAGACAUUUGCAACUAUGGACAAACACAACACACUCAUUGCCUCAAAAUGUAUCAUUCUCAUGCCUUGACUGCUGACUGUUGUAGAGAGUAGGAUGUUUUUAAAGUUGGAACGAGGACGGAGCGAGCAGAUUCUUAGUUUUUGUUUUUUGGCUGGAUGCACACUGAAAGAUCCGUAGCUCUUUGUUGUUGUUUAUUCCAUCCCAUUUGGGAAUCCGUACUUUGGGGAUGCCAAAUGGCGAAGGGGGAAAAUGAUGCAGCGCCUGUUGGGUCAAAUAACUGGAAGCCACAUCAGCUCAGUAGUUGACUAAAACUUGAAUAUGGUGGUUUCAGGACGUCUUAUAGCCAUACUAACCAGUGAUCCCUCCACGGUGUGAUGAUGGCUUUUAAAGUUAUUUGGUCCACUGCAAUUUCUGUUGAUUCCAGUUAAAUUCCAGUUAAAUGCUAUUUUAACAAGAAGAGGUUCUUCAGUGUGCUUCCAGCCCUGUUGGCCUCAGGCGGACCCAACACCACUCAGUUAUCAGGUUAAUGUGUGUCAAUGACAGUACUGUAUAGACCGGGGUUGAUACUGUACACAUAACAGUGCUCGGCCUCAGUUCAGUUCACCGCCAGCUCGCUCUCUUCAGAGUGCGUGUGUGUGCGCGUGUGUCUUCUAGUUUGAAAAUAUAUAAAUUACUUUUCUGUAUUAAGUAUUUUUCAUUAAUAAAUAGUUUAAACUCAAAGGUAGCCAUAUUAAACAGCAUUCAGGUUUUGAGGAGACCGAACUGGAAAGUGAACUGAACUGUGAGCCGUGCUAUCGUAGCAAAUCAGCCAAAGUCUGGACAGAAAACGUCUGAAUAACAUUUGCAUGUCCGAAACAGAGUGACAGACUGAUGGUGUCCUAACAUAUUAAUAUUAAUAAUAUUAUUAUUAUUAUUAUUAUAAUUAUUAUUGUUUUUUAAAAGGUUCUGGUUAGAGGAAGCUGUAACAGCGAUACUGUGACAUUUAGUUAAGUUUGCCAAGUAUGAAUUUACAUUUUUACCAUGAAUCCAGUGGAAAGUCCAUUCAUCAGUGGCCCUCAUUGAUCAAACUAGUGAAGAUUUUCUGUGAGAUUGUCGCUCAACAUCUGAUCGAGCUGCAGUGUAUGGGAUUUUUAAACCUAUAAUGACGGAGCAUGUUGUUGACUGUAAAAGUAAAUUUCAACCAUGUACAUGUUACAUGUUACAUGUACAUGGCCACUGACAAACAUUCCCCAUUUUAAAAAAAGUUUAAAACGGUGAUUCGCUGGCACCAUUUUGUGCUCAUCGAGCUAUUAUUUUUGACCACAUGGACACAAGAUAGACGCUGAAGAGAGCCGUGAUAUGCUGGUAAAAACGUAAAAGAUUAAGGCUGUACGUGUUCACCAGGAGCCUGUUGUAUCCGUUUGCUAUCAGGUGUUUUGUCGAACUUGUCUUUGGGCUGGAUCUGAAGUUUUAAAUACCAAUAAUGGGGUUGAAUGUUUAACUGAAUGCCAUUGUACUCUUAUCAAUAAUUGCCAAUGUUAUCCAUUAAUGUGCUGUUUGCUAUUGAAUUUGCAAAUGGAAAACAUUUGCUUAUUAGUGUCAAAUGUCUUAAAAUGCAUCCUGUAUCUUAUUUAGCAGUUCUUCCUCCUUCAGCGUGGGUGAGCAGACCCUGGUCGGUAGGAAUAACGAGAAUAAGAGGGUGUUUUUAGCGGUAAAAACCUGUUCUGCCUUGAAAUGCAUUCUGUUCAGGACUCCUUGUUUCCUUUUUGAUUAUGUCACUGUCUGGUUAAAACCUCGCCCGCUUCUAUUAUGAGCUAGUUUUUUUUCAGGGAAGCUUCCAAACGUCUCCGAUUAUUGGUUUUUAUUUUUCCUUUUUGUAGAGCUUCACAGUCACAAAGAGCAGCCUCCUGAAGUAAAGAUUCAGAGGUUUUGACGAGACAGCAGGGAUGAUUUUUCUUUUCUUUUCUUAGCAUGAUACAACCUACCUCCACCUGGCUGCAGCCUGUAAUGUUGUUUUUUCUGGUUUAAAUAUUGUACAAAUUUUUUUAAAAAUGUAAAUAUUUUUGUUAUUGUAUCAUAAAUUAUUUUAGUCCUUUUUUUUUUUUUUUCUUUGUUCAUUUUGAGUUUUGUGGAUUUAAAAGAAAUGUUAUUCUUGACAAACAGCACUUUUUUAAAUAUUGAUGUAAUUAAAUAAUGAAUGAGA